AUGGCACUCAACUUAGAACCCGACAAUGUAGGUAUUGUCGUGUUCGGUAACGACAGAUUAAUCAAAGAAGGUGACAUUGUCAAACGUACAGGACAAAUCGUAGAUGUACCGGUUGGACCUGGCCUAUUAGGUCGUGUAGUUGAUGCUCUUGGUAAUCCUAUUGAUGGCAAAGGGCCAAUCAAAGCAGAAGAACGACGACGUGUUCAAGUGAAAGCUCCUGGUAUUUUGCCUCGUCGCUCUGUUCACGAACCUAUGCAGACUGGCAUUAAAUCAGUCGACGCUAUGGUGCCAAUUGGUCGUGGUCAGCGUGAAUUAAUUAUUGGUGACCGUCAGACCGGCAAAACUGCAGUUGCACUUGAUACUAUUUUAAACCAAAGAAGAUGGAAUGAUGGUAGUGAUGAAAGUAAAAAACUAUACUGUGUGUAUGUCGCCAUUGGCCAAAAACGUUCAACUGUAGCUCAAUUGGUUAAAACUCUCGAAGAGAACGACGCAUUAAAGUACUCCGUUAUUGUCGCUGCUACAGCUUCUGAGGCAGCACCCCUCCAAUAUUUGGCGCCGUUUUCCGGCUGUGCUAUUGGUGAAUGGUUCAGAGAUAACGGCAAACAUUCUUUAAUUGUUUAUGACGACUUGUCUAAACAAGCCGUUGCUUACCGUCAAAUGUCUUUGUUGCUUCGUCGUCCUCCGGGUCGUGAAGCUUAUCCCGGUGAUGUAUUUUACCUUCACUCUCGAUUACUUGAGCGUGCUGCCAAAUUGAAUAAGGAUUUUGGUGCCGGGUCUAUGACAGCAUUGCCAAUUAUUGAAACUCAAGGUGGUGAUGUGUCUGCUUAUAUUCCCACCAAUGUCAUUUCCAUCACUGACGGGCAAAUUUUCUUGGAAGCCGAGUUGUUCUUCAAAGGCGUGCGACCCGCCAUCAACGUUGGUAUAUCUGUAAGCCGUGUAGGCAGUGCUGCCCAAACAAAAGCUAUGAAACAAGUUGCCGGAUCUCUUAAACUUUACUUGGCUCAAUAUCGUGAAGUUGCAGCCUUUGCACAAUUUGGUUCUGAUUUAGAUGCUUCAACACGUUUCUUAUUGAACCGCGGCGAACGGUUGACUGAACUUUUAAAGCAACCUCAAUACAAACCCAUGUCUACAGAAAACCAAGUACCAUUAAUAUUUGCAGGUGUUCACGGAUUUUUGGACAAGAUAGAUAGUAAACGAGUGCAAGAAUUUGAAGCCACGUUCCUCCCAUACAUGGCGUCAAACCACUCUGACAUAUUGGAUACAAUCAAUAAGGAAGGCACAAAAAAUUACGCGAAGCCUUGA